CCCCGGGGGCUGAGAACAGUCUCUCCCAACCUGUCUCUCCUCGUGGCUUCCCAGAGACCCUGCAGUGGCUGCGUGCUCCGCCCCGAUUUCCAUGGAGACCCCUUGUACACAGCUUCCUCCAUCCACUCCACCUCAAGUGGGGCCGGCUGGCUGGACCAGCGCCCUGGGGCCCAUGAACAGCCGGUCCGCAGGAACGCUGGCCGUGGGGAGAGUGAAAUUCUUCGGCCAGCACCGCGGGGAGGUCAACUCCUCAGCCUUCUCUCCCGACGGCCAGAGGCUGCUCACAGCCUCUGAGGAUGGCUAUGUGUACGGCUGGGAGACCCAGAGUGGGCGGCUGCUGUGGAGGCUGGGUGGCCAUGCAGGCCCCAUCAAGUUCUGCCGCUUCUCCCCUGAUGGCCACCUUUUUGCCACGACCUCUGGUGACUGUACCAUCCGCCUGUGGGAUGUAGCAGAAGCCAAGUGUCUGCAUGUCCUGAAGGGUCACCAGAGGAGUGUGGAGACGGUUAGCUUUAGCCCUGACUCAAAGCAGCUGGCAUCGGGUGGCUGGGACAAGCGGGUGGUGCUCUGGGAGGUGCAGUCUGGCCAGAUGCUGCGCCACUUAGGAGGGCACCGAGACUCUGUCCAGAGCAGUGACUUCGCACCCAGCUCAGACUGCCUGGCCACUGGCUCCUGGGACUCUGCUAUCUGCAUCUGGGACCUGCGAACAGGGACCCCAGUGAUCUCCUACCAAGAGCUGGAGGGCCACAGUGGCAACAUCAGCUGCCUGUGCUACUCAGCAUCCGGCCUCCUGGCUUCUGGCUCCUGGGACAAGACCAUCCACAUCUGGAAGCCUUCCACCAGAAACCUGCUUGUUCAGCUCAAGGGCCAUGUCACCUGGGUGAAGAGCAUAGCUUUCUCCCCUGAUGGGUCACAGCUAGCCAGUGCUGGCUACUCCCAUAUGGUCAAAGUCUGGGACUGCAACACAGGAAAGUGCAUUGAGACUCUGAAGGUAGGUAAGAUCCACGGAUGUAGCACCCAAGGGUGUAGGAAAAGGCCUGCGAGGGGAGGUUGGGGGCAGGCAGGACUCGCAUUCCCAGAGCCCAGUGAAGUGCUUUCGGCAGGGAGUCCUGGAUGUGGCCCACGCCUGUGCCUUCACCCCAGAUGGGAAACUCUUAGUGUCUGGAGCUGCUGAUCAGGCAAGAUGCCAACUUCGAUGCACGAUCAAAUCACCCAGAGCCUCUCAGAUAUAACAUCACCACAAAUGGCUCUUUGAUCUCAAGCCUGUCUCUCCCUGCCCAGGGUGCAUGGGACCCGGCAGAACGAGCCCCUGAAAGGACAGUGAGGGCAGCUGCACGCCACAGGCCCAAAGUAACCUUAACAGAGCACCCAACAGAUCCCUGUGACCAGGAUUGGUCAUGGUCCCACGCCAGGGCUGCCAACAGCCGCAGGCAGGCCUGCCAAAGCCCCCAGGCCCCUAGUAACCACAACCAGGGCACGCCAGCCCACCUCUCCAGCACGGUUCGCUGAAACACCCGCAAACAUGAAGCAAGGCCAGCCAGUUUGUUUGUGUUUUAUUGAUGCCGGUGCUCAGGCCUUGACCGCAUACUUCCGGAGUGGGUACAGCCGCUCCUUCCGCUGCUGCUUCUUGGUCUUCAGGUUUUCCUCGUGCUUGUUUAGCCGGCGGCGCAUGGCACGUGUCUUCUUGGGCCGCAGAUCCAGGGGCUUAUACUUCUUACCCUGGGUGAUGGGAGAGCGCGGGGAAUCUGAGCACCAGGGUUUUGGAGCUACUGCGGCAGUUAACGAAGCCUCCGAGGCUGGAACUAAGCGGCUAGCGGGCACGGGGAAGAUGCUGGAAGUGCCUGAAGGGGGCCACUGGGAUGCGAAGGUUAACGCGUAGACCUGAGCGUGAGGAGGUAUAGGACCAGCCCAGUAGGGGACUGAGGCCCUGUGCUGGGUGCCACCUCAGUGAAGAAUCAGACCUGCUUAAGGAGCUCCCAGCCCAGUGGGUAAGACCGCGCAGCUAAUAAGCGGCCCAUCGGUGGGGAAGAGGAAAAAAGAUAAAGGAAGCUUCCACCUAAUGACUGGAAAUAGCCUACAAAACAAGCAAUCGGAGCGAACACCAGUUCCAAGGGGGAGAAAACGGGGCGCACAAAAACCCUGAAGAAUGCCAGCUCAGGCGCUUUCUGGGAACUGCCAAUAGUCCAGAGACGGUACAGGCACAGGGCAGUGGUGUGAGAGCUAAGAGGGGGAACAGCCUCAGGGCAGAGAAGUGCAGAAACAGAACGAGCUGCGCAGAGGAGGGUAAGCUCGAAGACGGGGGAUUUGGAAGCAUGAGUCUCUGUCCACCCAUAUCCAUGUUAUCCACAGCACAGGUCAGGGCCUCAUCCAUUUCAAGUUUCCUAAGCCCUCAGAGCUCUGCUGGCCAAUACAGGCGCUGGCCACGCGAGGCCUACGUUAAAAAUCCAGGCCUUCAGCCACCACAGCCACAUGUGGCCAUCUGUGACCGUGCCGACAGCACUAACCUAGAGACAGAGACCUCACCUUGACCCUUCCCCCCACCACCCCUGGACUGAGUGGUGCCUGGCAGGGGGUGAACUCACUGGAAGACCACCCACCACCUCUGCCAUGGUCCCUCUGGAGCCUGAUCAAAGUUUCAAGCCUGGGGCGCCUGGGUGACUUAAUCGGUUAAGUGUCCGACUCCGGCUCGGGACAUGACCUCAGAGCUCAUGAGUUUGAGCCCCGCGUCGGGCUCUGUGCUGACAGCUCAGAACCUGGAGCCUGCUUCCGAUUCUGUGUCUCCCUCUCUGCCCCUCCCCCACGGUCUCUCUCAAAAAUAAAAAACAUCAAAGUUUCAAGCCCAAUUCUCAGAAAACAUUCCCACACACACAAUGUACACACAUUCAGGGAUGGCGGCACCCUUGCCUGGCCCCCUCUGCACAUGCUACUAUCCCUGGGGGCAGCUAACCCAGGAACACAUGGCGGCUUUCAGCUGAAAGGCUUUAAAGCAGGGCUGAGGAUCUCCCCAAGGAAACCCACCGGAGGACAGGGGCUUCAACCUGUGUCAUGUGAGUUCCGGCCCGCCCAUGACCUUCUCUUCCCGAUAGCCAGCCCUGCUGAUUUUGGACUUAUCAGCUAGCCCCCACGAUCACAUAAGCCAAUUCUCUGUAAUAAGUCAAGUGCAUGUCUACACACACAUGAAGUUUCCAACUGGUUCUGCUUCACAGCUUGAGCCCUGAUAACCUUGCUCAGACUUACUCAGCUGGUGAGGCUGGAUUCAAAACCCAAGGCUCCAGCCAGACUCUCACCAUGCUGAUUUCUGGACCAGUGCGGCCCCGAGGAAAUGCAGACUAGUGCCAAGAUGCUGGUUUGGAAGCGAAACCAGCUACAGGUUGGGAAGGCUCUGGAAAGCCCGCUGCCAUGCACCCCAGCAGAAAAGAGCCUCUUCAUACCACCCUUUUGGCCAAGGGAGAGCUGGAACUUUGCCCCUGCAGCUAAGCAUCCCUCCGACUCCCCCCAGCCCAGACUCACCUUGUAGAAUUUCCUGAGGUUCUCUUUCUGAGUCUGGUUGAUGACGGUGAGAACGCGGGCGAUGGAUUUACGAACAACCCGGCUACAAAA